AUGAGCUGCAGCAAGGCCCGCCAGUGGCAAGCUGCACGUCAUUCCCCAAAACGAGAGCUUUCCCAGCAUCCACUUCCACCACACCGCAGAAGCUGGCUCCCCCCCAUCCUCACCUCGUCCUCCCCCUCGGCCGUCCGACCCAAGCACCAUCCUCCCGCCUCGCAACUCUUCUCUCGCCGUCCCAGUCCCCAUCGUCCCGUCGUCCUCGUCGAUUCAACCUCCCCCCCUCCGCCGCCCGCGACACGACACGGCCCAUACGCUCGCCCGCACCUGUCUGGAAACGUCGUCUGCCGCCCAUCGCCAAUGGCUGACACAGGUCUCCCCCCGAACUGGGAGGUCCGCCACUCCAACUCCAAGAACCUGCCCUACUACUUCAACUCGGUGGACAAGGUCUCCCGCUGGGAGCCGCCUCAGGGCACCGAUACCGAGAAGCUCAAGCACUACAUGGCCGCCAACCACAGCGCCGGCUCCGGUUCCGCCGCCGUCCCGGCCGGGUCCGAAGGCAAGAUCCGCGCCGCUCACCUGCUCGUCAAGCACCGCGACAGCCGUCGACCGAGCAGUUGGCGAGAGUCCGAAAUCACCCGCUCCAAAGAAGAAGCCAUGGCCAUCAUCCAAGUUCACGAGCAAAAGAUUAAGUCCGGCGCCAUCUCCCUCGGCGACCUGGCCCCCACCGAGUCCGACUGCUCCUCGGCCCGCAAGCGCGGUGACCUUGGCUACUUUGGCCGAGGCGACAUGCAAAAGGAGUUUGAGGAGGCCGCCUUUGCCCUCAAGCCGGGCGAGAUGAGCGGCGUUGUCGAGACCGCCAGUGGGUUGCAUCUCAUUGAGAGGUAG